AUGGCAAAUCUGAUAUCCUAUGUCUAUGACAUCACCAACAAUGUGGAGGAUGGUGGAUGGGCUCCAAUGGGCAUCACAAAAUUGUGGUGUGGUUCUAUCCCCUAUGAUGUUGUCAAUCCUCUGGCAAUACUGUGGCAUUCAAACAUGGACCCUUCUGUUGGGUAUCUGGCGUUCCACAGCACCCAAGGUGUGAUGGAAUGGGGCAUUGAUUCUGUCUUUGUACAGACCCCUUACCAAUUUGUUGAUCUGCCAUAUUGUGAUCAUGAAGGACUGUGCAUACAUUGUGGAUUUGACAAGGCCUACAAUGAGAGUGGGAUCAGUAGGAGCCUUCAUGAGGCCAUGGCCAACACACAACUGGAGACCCUGUUCAUUGCUGGUCAUAGCCUGGGUGGCACUCUCGCUGUGCUGGCUGCACUGGAUCUCACUGGUAAGACCACAGCCAGAGUGCCACUUGUGUCAGGUAACAUACACAUGAACACAUUUGGGGCACCGCACGUGGGCAAUCAGACCUUUGUGGCACAUGUUGAAAAGGUACAUCACAACAAGAUACCAACACUGAUGCAGUACUACAGUGAAGAUGACAUGGUACUGACCUCUCCACUGCCCUGUGGAGUGGCAUCAACUCUGCUCUAUGAGCAUGUUGGAGACUUUAUGUACUUUAGGUCUCCACAGCCAUCCUUGGCAGUGUCUCAUUCAAUAUCCAAUUAUCUCCCCUAUGCUAGGAGCGUCAAAUUAUCUAGCAUCAGUGCACCCAAGCAACAAUAA